AUGAGCAUCGAUGACUAUUUCAAGAAAACUGCUGUCAACAUGCCAAAACCACAGAGGGGAAGGAAGACUGAAGGAGGCGAUGAAAUCCUGCACGCUAUCCAAGAAGCUAGCCGCGGAGAUGCUAACACUAGCUCUGGCCCUACGGCAGUAACAUCUGAUGCUAACGCCAUCAUACAUGCUCUCACAGCGGUCAUAGACAGCAAACUAUCCGGUGUCACUGAACAGAUUGAGAAAAUGGAGACGUCCGUGACACACACGGUGGAUAAAAAAAUAGCUGAUGUCACACAAAUGAUUGAAACAAAGCUGGCCUCUGUGCUGGAAGCCAUCGCCGCCCGAGGAUCUGAGAUACAGGCCCUAGCCGCGAGAAUGGAUAUCGCAGACAAGCAAAUGGAAGCCAUAGACCAGACUGCAGCUGCAUCCGAAACCAAAAUCGUAACAUUGGAAAAACAAAUCAAACAACUAAAAGAGCGCACUGACCAGCUGGAGAAUCACUCCCGGAGAUCUAACCUCAGAAUACUGGGAAUAGAAGAACGUGUAGAGGGGACAAACGCGGUGAAAUACCUUGAGAGGUGGAUCCCCGAGUACCUUCAUCUUGACACCGCAGACGAUAGGAUUGUCCUGGACCGAGCCCAUCGCACACUGGGUCCGAUGCCAUCAAGCGGACAGAGGCCACGUCCCUUCAUUGUCAAAUUCCACUACUACUCCGAUAAAGCCCGAGUGAUGGAAGCCGCACGCAAACUCCUCCACCAGAACGGGACCCCGCGUCAACAGAGGAUCCUCUUCUUCAACGAUUAUUCAGCGGAGGUCGUCCGUAAGCGUAAAGCUUACGACGUUGUGAAAGCUCGACUCCGGGAGUUGGAAGUGGAAUACGCGCUGUUAUACCCAGACAUCUUGAGGGUGAACACUGAUGAUGGAAAAUACCGGCGCUUCUCAACCCCGGGUGAGGCCAACGUGUAUGUUCGCACUCUGGAGCUGGCGCGUGCCCCGCCUUCUCUCUCUGCAGAAGGUGACUGA